AUGUAUAACAUUGCACAUGGAGCUACAUGCAGCAUUAAGGAAGAACAGGAAGACAGAUACCUGUUCUAUGCCAAUAGGACAGCAGGGGAGGUCCGGUUCCUGGAGAGGUACAUCUACAGCUGGCAGGAGUUUGUGCCCUUCAACAGCAGCCGCAGGAGCUACGAGGCUGUCACUGAGCUGGGCGAGCCCGGCGCCCACUGCUGGAACAGCCAGAAGGAGUGGAUGGAAUAUAUGCAGACCCAGGUGGACACCUUCUGCUGCCACAACUACAGGGUCCAAGAGGGAUGGGGCAUCACCCUCGCCAGGAAGGAAGGGUGA